AUGACUACAUACGUUGAGAUCUCAUCAAAGACAAUUGAAAAUCAUUUGCACGAUUACACCGACGGAUCUAUGCCCAUAAGCAUGAAUAAAGCAACCGAGUCAGUCUCUGUGACACAAGAAAAUUUGCUCGAUAGGCCUCGUUCUCUUCUAUGGCGACUCUUUCAUGGCAUAAACUACUUCAUAGCAUCCCUAUGUUUCGUUGGCGCAUCUACUAUGUUCUUGGAUCGACUACGACAAGCAGGUCCAAGUACAGCUGCAGCAGCAGGUUGGCUUUAUACUAUUGGCUCGUUUUUAUUUCUUCUCUCCGAUCUGGUAGAUUGGUGGUAUUCCAGGCUCGGCUGUUUUUGUUAUAAAAAAUAUGAAGAAGUUUACGAAAAAGAGAAUGCUGAUCUUUUUCGUUAUGAACAAGGAACGAUUCUUGGUCAGAUAACAAGAGCUGAAAUUGGGUUUAAUUUUUUUCUUUCGGCAUGUGGAUCUGUGCUUUAUCUUGCUGGCUCGAUUCUAUUUAUACCGUGUUUCGAGAAUUAUGUUGUCAUAGGUCUCUGUUUGGUUAUAUCAGCCUCAAGUGUCGUGGUUGCAGCUCAAAGCUGGAAGGUCUAUCGAGCAGGUUGUACAAGUCUAACCGAUCGACUUGAUCAUCGAUUUCAUUUUGUGAAUUUAUUCAACGAUAUCUCAUGCUUGCUAAUGGAUAUAUUCUCCGGUCUGGGAGGUGCAUUCUUCAUAGUUGGUACUACUUUUUUUCUGCCACAGUACUACACCAAUAGUCCAUUCGGAAAUAAUCGACCAGCUGGACUUUGCUUGUGUGGAAGUGUUUUUUUUACUCUUUCUGGCGUUGUUGUAAAUUAUCGUCAUUAUUAUUUGGUGAAACCACGUGACCAAGAUUCACACACUGUACAGCACAAUUAUUACCAAUGUAACUUUCGAUCAUACUGA